CACACACACACACAGGUCCUGUCGCUUGCGAGAACGACUGACAAACUUCUGGCCUGCUGUCACCAUAGGCGACGUGACGACGAACCACGUGACCCACGGCGAGGUAAGAAAAGAGGUGACACGGAAAACAGAGAGAAAGGGAGCGAGAGAAAAAGUCACGGAAACGUGAGCGAAAAGGGAAGAUUUAUGUGAAAGAGACAUCAAGAGGAAGACGCAGAAGCGAUGAAGAGGUGACUCGUUUUCUCUCGUUUGACGGAUGGGCCUUUGGAGAUGAUGAGUUGAACUGUGACAGGCCUCGCGUUUACGCACGCCGACGAGUCACCGCAGAGCAUCCCGCAGCCUGCAUGAGUGGCCCCGGGUUGGGGACGUGCGACGUCCACGUUCUGCUCCACGACACCGGAACAUUCUUCUCACUUUUGUUUUCAUUGCUUUGUUUCAGACUUUUGUUUCGGGCCUUUUAAUUUCGCCUUAAUUUAACAUUUCUCUUCAUAUAGUUUACUGUAAUUUACUUUUUGACUGGAUUUUUUUGAAUUGAUAUAUUUUUUCAACUCACUUCUCUUUUACUAAGCAUUCAUUUUUUUUAUUUUUUUGCUUUGCAUGGACAACAUGAACUCGUUUGUGGAAUACCCCGUUUAUAAUCGAGCAGGCACCGCCGCUUACUCUGGGCCUAAACCCGGAUACCACCAGCACCAGCACCACCAUCACCAUCCUCUUGACCAGCAUCAGAGCUUCUCCGGUACUUUCCAAACGGGACCCAACAGCUCGGCGUCCCCCGUUAAUAGCACGAGGAAUGACAGUACCAGUUACGCCGGCGAUGGGCGUCUGUACGGGGCCUCCGGAGUGAGCGCCGGGGUGCACGGGGCGACCGGGGCGAGCCAGCAUCAUCAUCAUCAUCAUCAUCAUGAGCCACAGCACCACGAGCCGCCGACGCAGAGCAGCUACCAUCAUCAUCUUCACCAAACCCAAAGCGGAAUACUGCAGUCCUAUAGUACCGGAAGCAAUGGACCCACCGGAACCUACGCUGGUCAGGCGUGCGUUACAAACUCAGAAUAUGUUGCGUCAUCGGCAGCUUCAAACACUUUCCACUCUCAGUAUUUCAUGGAGGAGUCCGUGCCCUCCGCCUACUAUCAUCAGGCGGCCUUCCCCAGUUCAAGCUCGGCCAUCGGGCCCAGCUACGGUGCCUUCGGCGGGCCUCAGGCCGCUCUGACGGGCUCGCAGUACCCCCAGCAGCUCGGCGGGGGGCUGGACGCCGGCUACCUUGGUCUGCAGCACGGGGGAGGCUACGGGGAGCCGCCCGCCUCUCAUGACCGAGAAAGAGGCGAUGGAGAGGCCCAGCAGGCCGGGCAGGGCCAGACCUUCGACUGGAUGAAGGUGAAGAGGAACCCGCCUAAGACAGCUAAAGUCUCGGACUUUGGACUCGCGGGCGCGCACAACGCCAUUCGCACCAACUUCAGCACGCGCCAGCUGACCGAGCUGGAGAAGGAGUUCCACUUCAGCAAGUACCUGACGCGGGCGCGGCGCGUCGAGAUCGCCGCCACGCUCGAGCUCAACGAGACUCAGGUGAAGAUCUGGUUCCAGAACAGGCGCAUGAAGCAGAAGAAGCGCGAGCGCGAGGGCGCGUCCGCCACGGCGCGCUCCUCCUCCUCGUCCUCGCCCGGUGCCGAGAGCGGCUUCAACAGGGAGCUGGAGGACACGGACCACUCUUCCGCGUCCACGUCUCCGGGCGCGUCCUCGAGUUCUGAGUCAGAACCAGCGAUGUAAUCAGUGAACUGUUGGAAACGUACCGGACCAUGAACGAGCCUUAAAGUGAAUAAUCAGAAUUUCUAACUUUUCAGAUGGGUUUAAUUCCCUAUUUCUACAUAUAAGGAAAAAAGGUUUCAAUCCAACGGUUUCACAAUUUUACCUCCAUAAAAAGCUUCUUGGACUAAUCUCCUUAAGUGAGCGUGAAAGUCAACAAUCAGGUCUUUUAUAGCAGAGAAAAUGAGACUAUAUUGAGCCAGAACAAAAAAGCCUGCUUUCUACAGGUUGAAACCAUAGAUUCUUGUUGUAGUGCAGGAACUGAAUGUGAUUGGAGGCACUUUGGCGUCUUCCAUGACGCCUGGUUUACAGGGUGGGGCUGCUGCUGGCCUUGAACACACAUUUCUUGAUUUAAAUAUUCAUGUUCUAGUUUAUUCGUCACAGCAGAACUGAAUGAGCCUCAUGAUCAGAAUAACGGGAGCCUUUGAUGGCAAAAAAUCACUCUAGACGUGAGUGUUCCACGUUUGACACAAGUGUUCUCCACAGAACGUUCUGGUGAAUGUAUGAUGUCACAGCGCUCAUCUUUGCACUAUGUGACCCGUGGAGCUGAAGCAAAGCAGCUCACAAGGAUCCAACUGACUCAAGCUAGACUCAGGUGUGUUUGUGUGUGUGUGAUGACGACAACUACUGAAAAACUAUUUAUGAGCCGUGGGACGCGUUUCGCAUUGUUUAUGGGAAACCGUGUGUGUGUGAUUGGAUGUUCUGUUGCAAACAGGUUUUUGUUACUGCUGAAAGUCAUAACACUUAGAAACGGGUCGAGAGGCGGGUUCUUCUGGACCAGCCACCAGUCCUGCCAACAAGAACCUCUGAAGUCUGAUUCUGAAGCCAGCUGCUGUAAACGUCAUCCAGGAGUUAAUGUCUUUGUGCGAGUUCUCUUGAUGUGACUGAUGUUUUUUUUCUUUUGUCUGACUGUGAAUGAGAGCAGACACAGACUGAGUUUUAUUAGUUCUGCUGCCUUAGAAACGUUUCCAAUCAGGUUCGUGUCUGACGUUUUCUAUUGUAAACUACCUCAAUUAAAGAUUUUUCUGUCAA